AUUUAUUUAUUUUUUAUAUUUGUCUUCCUCUAGGGUUUGAAGCCUCUUGUCUCCCUCGGCGUUUUCGGCAAAUUUCUCUCGAUUUUCCGCCGCUUUUAUCUCCAUGACUCAGUCGCAGGAAGAGCUGCUGGCCACCCAUCUUCAGCAGCAGAAGAUUGAUCACGAUGAUCCUGUGAUCGAGGACGAUGAGGACGAUGAUGAUGAUGAAGAUGAUGAAGGGGAGGAAGAUGACGCCGAAGGACACGAAGCAGGAGGCAAGUCAAAGCAGAGUCGGAGCGAGAAGAAGAGCCGCAAGGCGAUGCUCAAACUCGGAAUGAAGCCAAUUCUCGGCGUCAGUCGAGUCACCGUCAAGAAGAGCAAGAACAUCCUCUUCGUCAUAUCAAAACCGGACGUUUUCAAGAGCCCUAAUUCAGACACGUACGUGAUCUUUGGUGAGGCCAAGAUCGAGGAUCUGAGCUCGCAGCUCCAGACUCAAGCUGCCGAGCAGUUCAAGGCUCCUAAUCUCGGAAAUGUCGCGCCAAAAACCGAGCCGGCUGUUGCCCCACAGGACGAUGAAGACGAUGUAGAUGAGACAGGUGUCGAGCCGAAGGACAUAGAGCUGGUUAUGACGCAAGCCGGGGUGUCGAGACCUAGAGCUGUGAAAGCUCUCAAGGACUCGGAUGGAGAUAUCGUGUCCGCGAUUAUGGAGCUCACUAAUUAGAAGGUAACUUAUCAUCGCGUGUUCUUAAGUUAUUACAUUUGCUUUUUACGCGAAGUUAUCAUCGCAUGUUUUGUUUGUUUGUUUGUGUUCGAGAUGUUGAUUGAAUGAUUUGUUUUGCCUUUUUGUGUUGUGUUUAAGCUCUGUUUUUUUGUGUGCC